UGUCGUUCGUUCGAUUGAAUUUUACACGGUAUUUAAGCUUUCAUAUUUGAACAAACGCGAUAUAGGGACGUUUGCCUGUGAAGGUAUUUGCAAUAGGAUCUAAUCACACGUUUACAUAAAAAACUUAAGUUAGCGGGUAAACGCAUCGCGAAAUGUGGGCGAUUAGAAUAAGCGAGGCGAAUUUUAAACAUGAACACAAAGGCGACUGCUGUACACAUGGAUAAUUCCAUUAAUAAGAGUAGUGACAUGGUAGGCGGCCGUGUUAUGGAAAGAAUAUGUGAAUUAUGUGUGAAGAACUUACUUUCCAACAAGGCAACCAUGUUUUGCAGUGCAUGCAGCGAGUCCCUUUGCGAUCGCUGCAUCAGUAUUCACAUUAAAGACACCAGCAAGAGACAUGUCAUCAUGGACGCUCGCUAUAAAGGUUUAGACAGUCAUGGUGUGGAUAUGAAUGGACUGGACAUGUGCAAUGAGCAUUCGAAAAUCAUAGAAUUUUACUGCGAGUGCCACAAAGAGUUGUGUUGCAGAAAAUGUGUUAUGGUUCAUCGUAAAUGCGAUAAUUUUAUUGAAAUUGUUGUUUGUACGGAGCAAGAUAGGAUACAGAUUCGGGAUGUAAAAGCUUCCGUCCUUAAAGCUGACGUGGAUACUUUUUUCCUGGUACAAAAAGUUAAUCAAGUGAAAGCAAGCUUAAAAGACUCUAAUGAGGCGAUGUCUAAAGCUAUAGAUACAACUCGAGACAAUAUAUUAAAAGUAUAUGACGAUGCAAAAUGUAAGUUGUUUGCAGAGGUGGACGCCAUUAAAGCAGAGAAAAAGAAGACGCUCAAAAAGAUGAAUAACAUAUUGUUGAGUGUUCGUGCGGACAUUGCUAAGGCAUUACCCGUUUUUUCUAAUGUAUUAGAAAAAGGAACCCCUCAACAGAUUUUUAUCUUUUCUCGAAGAAGUGCGGAAAUACUUAAUGCAGUUGACCAACAACUUCGCUUGAACCCCAAUCUCAAUCCUUUGUUAGAAAUGCAUGUUAACUUUGCGGGAGACAUUGCUAACUUUAUUCACGCGGGAGAUAAUUUAAUGAAGCUUAAUAUCGGCAAAGAAGUUAUAGACAAAGGUCAACCCGAGAUCAACAACUCUUCCAUGCAAAACAGACCCGUUACACUGCAGUUUCUUAAGUCUGUGGAUGUCGUUAAAUCUAAAGACGACAACAACGACCCUUUCGUUACAGGACUGGAUUUUCUACCUGACGGGAGAUUAGUAGCGGUAGAUAAUCGUAAUAACAAAUGUUUCAUAAUGAAUGAAAGACUGCAAAGAAAGGGACAACCAUACAACUUCAAGACAGCUGUGCUCGAUGUUCGGUGCGUCUUUCAUUUUCUGAUCGCUGUUUCGACUUGGAAGCAAAUUUGCAUAAUGUACAUCAAUUCUGAGUGUUCGAUUAGCCUUAUAAAACGAAUAAACACUUCUUCUUCGAUAUUUUCAAUAUCGUGUAUGACCUCAUCAAAAAUGGUAGUAAGUACGUAUAAUGAUAACCGUUCAGUGCGAAUGAUAUCAUAUGACGGUAUAGAGGAAGACUUUGACAAGUUUGAAUUACCGAAGACUAUAUACAAACUUGAUGAAAGUAGAUGCACGUAUAUCCAGGCUAAGAACACAUUGGUAAUAACUGACAAGCUCGCUCACUCCGUAUAUAUGUACGACACCCUGAAAGGGACGUCAAGAGCAGUCACUGAUGAGAGCAUACAACAACCAAGUGGUGUGUGUGUCGGACCUGGUGACACGGUGCUAGUGUGCAGUAAGAUGAAGUGCUGCAUCGUGCACCUUUCUGUGGAAGGUGACAUUCUAGGUACUUAUCCAGUGGAUAUGAAGUGGCCGUAUGUCCUGUGUUUGAAUAAGGAUGGGAGCAAAUUGGUAGUAUCGAAUAAUGUGAAUGGGAUUAAUAAAUUGUUGAUCUACAAAUUAUCAUAAAUAUGACAUCAUCCAUAACAAUUGCUUUUCCUAAGUGAUUAUCUAGGUUCAUGCUAUUUGGUUGGUAUUCUCGGUUUAAUUGAGGAUUUACAUACGCAUCGGUGUACAUAUAAAAUCUAAGAAAACAGUUAAACAAAUUCUGUAUACUAGUAAAUUAAUCUUUUGCAAUCCAAAAUGCUUCAGGUACAUUUAUUUCUCAAUUUAAACUAUGGAAUUAUAUUUGAUUGAAGUGUAUCUGUGUAGAGUGCUUUGAAUAUAGGCUAACGAAAAUAUUCAGUUUCUUUCUUAUAUACUUAGUGAAGUAGUUAAUUUUAAGUAUCUUGUCGAUAGUGGAACAGCUGUGUUAAGGUACGUAGCCAUGGAAAUUGAAACAAGUACAUGUAUACAGCGUAAAGUUGCAAACCAAUUAUGUCAGGGCUAUUAUUACAUGUAAAGGCUUAUGAACAAUUGUUCGAAAGGACUAAUCAAAAUUUCAUUUGUUACCUUUCAUGUGUUCUAACAUUUUAGUAAUUGCAUUUUCUUGGCGGAAAAUAUCUAAAAAUAAUUUUAAUAAAAACAGUUAACAUGCUGAGGAUCACACAUGACACAUUUUUCUCGAAAAAUAUUUAUCCUAGAACCAGGUGAAAAUCGAAAGUAUAAUAACGAUCGUAUAAACUUGAGCUCUAUACCAUUGCAAUUUUGAUCAAUAACGGGUUUUCCAUAAAUUGGAGAAUCUGUUUUGUCAACUACGGAAGAACAAAACCUUCAAAAAAAUGGGAUAUUUGAUAAUUAUAAAUGGAAAAGGGAGAAAUAAUAGGAUACAUAGAGUAUUGUGUGAGUUUUGGAUAAAGAUUAAGUUUAUCAAAAACUCACAUAAUAUUCUCUAUACAAAUAUACAUCUCAUAUACAGUACCCAAUGAAUCACAGUUUCAUAUUAUACCAGAACGGAAGGUCAAUUCGGAUAUAGUUCUUUUCCAUCAGUAGUGUAAGGUUUGUGAGGUCUUGCAUGGUGACAUAAUUGAUGUAAUUAGUAAAUCAUAAUUAUUAAAGUGUAUAGUUUAAGUAAUGAAAAACUAACAUAAUUUGGGAUGUUAAUGGCUGUUAACAGUUGUCAAGCAUUAAAUCAAGAUACUGAAAGGAUAUUGAUUGCACUUUUCCAACAUGAAAAAACACAUCUCAGAUUAUGCAAAGACUACAUUGUCAUGAUGAUGUAGUCAGUGCCAUGUCUUAUUUGUGAACGUUUAAUUGGUUUUGAAAUUAGUAAUUUUGCAACGUACUCAGAAUCUUUAAAUUAACAUUGUUAGAAAAAUUAAAGAAAUAAAAUAAUUGAAUAUAAAUAUAAAGAUGAUUGAAUAUAAAGAUGAUGGGCACUUUGUCCUUACUGUUAGCAGAUUAGAAGUUAAGCUGGAAUGUCGGCCAACCUCGGAAAUAUAUAAUUAUGUAUAUUGAGUGCUUAAGAACAUCUUUAGUUUUGUGUUUGUUAGUUGCUUUUGAGCUUUUGAGCUUUUGAGAGUGUUUCCUUUAUGGGCAUUGAUUAAACGUAUAAAAGACAAGGUUAAUGCAAGUAUAUAACAUAACUAUUAGUGGAAGGAUAUUGCUUGUUAGAUACUAACAUUGGAUAUCAUAUGUAUUGGAAAAUAAAGAGCAUAGAUAAGGGAGCAUUGAAUAGGUCAGAAAUUAGAAUAUCAGAGAGAACUUGCGUGCUUAACAUAGGUUCGCCUAGAAAGGAAACGUUUGGCAAAAGGAAAGUCUUUCGCAGUGCGGACCAAGGUUUCGAAUCUUUUACCAGAUUUAAUGAGCAAAUAAACUGUAUAAAAGAUUCGAGUGUUUUUAUCAUAGUCAAUAUGAUAAUCUUCAUACACCAUAUUGUUUAGCGUUUGAGAUGU